AUGAUUGUGGGACAGCCUGGUUCUUAUCAGCAGGUGGUUACCGCCUCCGAGCUCCGCGUCGGCGACCGCAUCGCCCUUGCUGGGGCCGAGGCGGAGGUUCGCGGCGUCUGCCUGCGGUCGGUCGGUGAGGUCACUGUCGUCGAGGCGUGCAAAACCCGGGAUUGUCAGGGAUCUCACUGCGUCGCUUCUGAGUGCGUCGAGCCUUGGAUGAUUGUGCCCUAG